GUUCCGUGGAGUGUGGUAUAUUCUACAGAACAAAAUUAACUUUUGGAGUACAAGAUUCCAAGAAAAAUGGCCGCUGCCCGCAAUGAUAACAUGAUUUUCACAUUGUAAAACAAUAUUGAUGGAUUUUAAAGCAGCUAUCUCAAAUUCGGGAGAAGAACGGCUAUUUAAACAGUUAUCAAGUGAAAUUGAAAGAAGAUUACCAGCAGAGGCGGUAGAAUGGAAAAGGUCUUAUGGUCGACCACCUAAGCAAGUUGUUUUGCAAGCCAAUUUUUCCAAGUUUGAUGUUAGUCAUUUGUCAAGCUCCGUCAAUAAUGCUUCGAGCCUGGGUGGGAAACAUUUGCUGCAUGUUUUCUGGACUGCUUGUUUGGAUAACGAUACCUAUAAAAGUUGGGUAAAAAACAGCAUUGCAAGAUGGCAGCAGCAGCUGCAGGAAAGUUCCAUUACUGAUUGGCUCAUCAUACAUGUUAUGUAUCAAGAAAACCACAAGUCUGCAAAAUCGAAAAUUCAGCUGCCACGCACUUCUGUUUUUGAUAAAAUUAAAACAGAUUUUGGACAAAAAAUACAAGAAAGAUGCAUACAGCUAUGGGAACCAGACAAAGAAAGUUUAUUUACAAAAUCUGAAGAAUCCUGGAUUGCACUUUUAGGGCAAAUGCGCUUGUUGCUAUUAGAUUCCUUUGGCAGACAGCUUGACCAAUUUGAAGACAAGAUUCGAGUUUUGCGGGAGAAGUAUGCAAACCCAGACUGGCCAUUUUUGGAGUACUUUAUUGUGCAUGAAGAACUGGCAUUUAUAUACCAUAGUAUUAUGCUGAAAGAAGAUGCACUUGUUCAGUACGAUGAAGUAGAUGCACUUUUAUCUCAGUUUAUUAUCAACUGCAGUGGAAAAGAAUUACCACAUUGGUUGGAAAAAUUUUGCGUUGCGCCUAAAUAUUGGAAUGGUGUUGUCUUAAACAAAGAAACUGCGGAGCAUCACAGAAAUCUGAUAAAAUCAGGAAAAGCAAGUUUACUGGAUUUUAGAAAUUACCUUUUUGCAAGACAAUGUAGGUUACUGAUGAAAAACCAGAAAUGGGAAAUACCUUCAAGAUUGUUGCAAUUUUUGUUCACAGUUGUGCACGAGUUAAAGUUGCUAAAAAUUGAUUUAUUUGAAGGUGUCACUGCUUGCUGGAUUAUACUGACAUGUAUGCAGUUUUUCAAGUCUUUGGAAAGCUUCGAGAGUAAAGAUCUAACAUACAAUGCAACCAUGGCACAGUUGUGUGAUUAUAUGAGACAGAAGCUUCUUUUACUUGGAUGUUUAACUGGAUUGUAUUUUUACCGUGCACAGACACCAGAGGAAACAAAUAUUUCUGAACGUUUAUGCAGCGGUUUUGGUAAUAGUUCAUUUGCUUCUGCGCAUUCGAACCAAUUGAGGGAUGCUUUAUGCUCGAAAAAGGAAUUUGAAAAGUUUUAUCUAGAUGUAACAAAAAAGUCAAUGAACAUGUUUGAUAAUAUCAAAAGGUUUAAUUUUUCCAUGGUGAUAGGUAUUGAUUUAGCUAAAUUUCAUCUUCAGCAUGGUCGUUAUAUUGACGCUGAGCCUCUUCUUGAAAAUGCGUGGAACAAGUUUAAGAAGCGCAAAUGGGAAACUCUCUAUACGGACGUCUUAAUUCCACUUGCUGAUUGCCAGUUUAAGCAUAGUUUACACGAUAGAUAUUUAACUGCUGUGGCUUUAUUGUCGUGUGCGUACUGCUUGCCUACAUCAACUCGACAUUAUUAUUCCAAAGAACUGUUUAAGCUAUCACGAAGCGAGAAUGUACAGUUGCCUGUCAUAGUUACAGAACCAGUUUUAAAAGUAGUCAAUAUUAAAAUCGAUUUAGUAAAGAACAAAGGCCACAUAGGCGAUGAAGUAAAAGUCAUUCUAUCUCUUUCUAACGAACUGAUUGACGAGUUGUUGUGCGAAGAAAUCUCAAUAUUCACUCGUCAUCAUGAUCUAAGCGAUCCUUCGAGUUUUACAGAUAAUAUUUCGUCACCAAGAGUUUCAAUAUUUGACCAAACGGAUGGUAAUAUGGAUGUAUCUUUAACUCCUGAAAAGCAACCCAUUAAGGAAAACGCGAAAGAGCCCCUAACUCCAAGCGGCCUUUUAAAAAGAAUUAAAAGUCAUAGGAGGACAUGGAGUAAAAACAAAAACGUUUUUGACGGUAGUGAGAUUAAGGAAGAGGCGAAAGUUUCAAGUACAAUGGCUAACUUGGAUGAUACACCUAUUACAAAUAUGCAAGAUUCUUUGGAAACUCCUACUAACGUGAUAAGCCCUACUUCUAAAAAAGCUUCCUUUACGUUGGAUGGAGACUGCGAAAUAAAAUCUAAAAGUACUGGGGAUAUUCAGAGCUUGGAAGAGUCCGAAGCUAAGCUACCAUUGCUAGCACUUUUAAAUUCAAAUGGAGAGUCUAAAAAAGCGGAAAGUGAAAACUACAUUCAAAAGUUAGAAAGCAAACCUCUAGCUACCAGCAGUGUGUCAGAAGAACAUAUUAAUAUUGAAAUGUUGUCAAUAGCAAAUGAUGAUAAAUCCUCUCAAGAUUCUAUUAGCAGCGCGGAAGAAAGUAGUAUGUUUGUACAGCAAGAACCAGUGUACGAUGAAAUGUUAACAUCUGGAAGAAAAAUAACAUUAACUCCUGGUAUUAAUGAGGUUACUGUUAGUGCGAAGAUUAAGAAUGAAGGGAAGUAUAAUUUACAAUCUCUUCGCUGCGUUGUUGGUAAUCUGACUUUAUCCAAGUCGUUUCCAUCGAGAAAUUCUAAGGCAUUUUUUAUGGUGGCUGACCCUCCGAAAAUUACAUGGACAACAGAUUACGUUGUAGAUUACCUCUUAACCGGAAGUAAGCAACGCCUUCACGUAACCCUGCUCAAUGGUCCUGGCAUCAUUAUGGAUGGUUCUAUAUUACGUAUUACGUCCAAUUCAGGUCUGUUAUUUUAUCCUCUCGAUUCCAGCUCCAUAAAUAUCUAUCCGAUGGAAAGAAAUGGUGCUCCUAGAGAAGCAGCUAUUUUAAUAAGAACUGAGACGCCAGAUUGUAGUACGGCUGCCGACUUGAUUUUGCCUGCUUGUAAAGCAUUUGAGAGAGUUGGUAUUUUUUUUGACGUUGUUGCUCCUGUUCACCGUAACACAGGCGAAAGUAGCCAAUCACAGCACGAGUUCUACAUUCAGAUAAAUUUUUGGUACGUAUGGUUAAAAGAAUUGGUGAAUACUUCACCGCGGUUGGAUUGCAUAUUUUAUGAACCUUUUCAAGUGAGCAACGAAACCAUAUGUAGGGGAAAUAGAAAAUUUAUUAAAGUGACAUUGUGUGGUGUGAAUCCUGUCUAUUUGGUGUUUUCAUCACCUCAAUUGUACGCUGCUAAUGCAAGGAAAAAUGUGUUUUCAAAACUAUCUUCCGAUGAUGAACUGCGUGUGUUUGGCAAUGAACAAUGCCAUGUGUUGUGGGAAUUGACAGAUUUAGAUUCUGUUGAGGAAGAAGAGUUAGAGUGUUUGUUUAAAGUAAAUUUUAACACCAAGCACGACGAUGAAAAAAAUUUAGGCUGCUUUGAACAAAAGUUUAUAAUUUACUUGCAUCCGUGUCGUUAUGUUGUGGAAGCUCAAAUAUCGAAAGGAAAAAUUCUCCGAUCAAAACCAUGUACUGUUUCGGUUACUACUAAACGAUUGCUACCCGCAACCUCCUCUUAUCGUCUAUUUUUAACGCUUCACCCAAGCGAUACGAACUGGAGAACUGUUGGCGAUGAAAUACGUCAAGAAGUUUUGUUUGACGAUUCCAAUCAAUCUGUAAACGAAUUUGAACUUGUUACGGACAAUUUUAUAUUGGCAUCACUACCAACAUUUACCUUACUAAAAUUACAUGAAACAGGAGCUGAUGACCAAAACAGAGUGGAACUUUUGUCACAAUUUAGUAAAGGAGAAGUUGCUCACCAAAGCUACGCCGAAGUCAUUGAAACGUAUGAUGAUAACACGGUAACAGAAGUAUAAAUUUUACUUCAGAUUUUAUAUUUUUUAUUGGAAUUCACUAGCCUAUUUAAAGUUUUGUAAAAUUAAUAACGAUAAAUCCUCUGUUAGCGCCGAAAAA